UUUCACAAGCUCAAAAGCUGAUUUGCCCCCUCCCCUUUUCCGGAAGCAUUCGCCGCCAUGGCCGCUUCUGCCGCGACCAAAUCCCUCCUCCGCCUCUCCUCCACUUCACCGGACAUCUUCCCCCUCCUCCCAUCCGCCGCUUCCUCCUCUACAUUGUGCCUUUCCUUCCGGUCCUGCAGCAUCGAAACCUGCUUCCUCGGGAUCCACCUCGCCAACCCCGCCUGUUCCAAGAUCCCCGCUCUUCGAACCCGGAGCACGGGAAGAGGACUUCGAAUCGAAGCCGUAGCGAGGCCCACUAUUCUGGUGGCUGAGAAGCUCGGGGAGGCUGGGCUGGGUCUGCUCCGGGAGUUCGCCAACGUGGAUUGCUCAUACAACCUUUCGCCCGAGGAACUCUGCGUCAAGAUCUCCCUCUGCGACGCGCUAAUCGUGCGAAGCGGGACGAAGGUGACGCAGGAAGUGUUCGAGGCGUCGAAGGGGCGACUCAAAGUGGUCGGCAGGGCUGGGGUGGGCAUCGACAAUGUGGAUCUCCAAGCUGCCACGGAGAGCGGGUGCCUCGUCGUCAAUGCGCCAACUGCGAACACUGUCGCAGCAGCUGAGCACGGGAUCGCGCUGCUCACUGCCAUGGCAAGAAACGUCGCGCAGGCUGACGCCUCGAUGAAGGCUGGCAAAUGGCAGCGCAACAAAUAUGUUGGUGUCUCUUUGGUAGGGAAGACACUGGCAGUUAUGGGAUUUGGAAAAGUCGGUUCAGAAGUUGCCAGACGUGCAAGAGGACUUGGAAUGCAUGUAAUUGCUCAUGAUCCUUAUGCACCUGCUGAUAGAGCCCGAGCCAUUGGAGUGGACCUUGUAUCGUUUGAUGAAGCCAUCUCUACUGCUGACUUCAUAUCUCUUCACAUGCCAUUGACUCCAACAACUGCAAAGAUUUUCAAUGAUGAAACAUUUGCAAAGUUAAAAAAAGGAGUGAGGAUAAUUAAUGUUGCCAGGGGUGGGGUUAUCGAUGAAGAUGCCUUGGUCCGAGCACUUGAUAAUGGCACAGUUGCUCAGGCUGCGCUUGAUGUAUUCACUGUUGAGCCUCCACCAAAAGACAGCAAGUUGGUGAUUCAUGAAAAUGUUAUUGUCACUCCUCACCUUGGAGCUAGCACUGUGGAAGCUCAGGAAGGUGUAGCUGUAGAAAUAGCAGAGGCUGUUAUUGGGGCAUUGAAAGGUGAACUAGCUGCAACUGCUGUGAAUGCUCCCAUGGUUCCUGCUGAGGUCCUUUCCGAGCUAGCCUCUUAUGUUAUCCUGGCUGAGAAACUCGGCAGGCUAGCUGUCCAAUUAGUAGCUGGGGGAAGCGGUAUCAAGGGUGUUAAAGUCGUCUACACAUCUGCUCGAGAUCCUGAUGACUUGGACACAAGGAUUCUUCGUGCUAUGAUCACUAAAGGGAUCAUUGAACCUAUAUCCAGUGUGUUUGUCAAUAUUGUCAAUGCAGAUUAUACAGCGAAGCAAAGAGGUCUUCGCAUCUGCGAAGAGAGGAUUUUCCGUGACACCUCUCCAGAGAUUCCUCUAGAUUCAAUUCAGAUCCACCUAUCUAAUGUUGAGUCCAAAUUUGCCAGUGCCUUGUCCGAUGCUGGUGAUAUCACAGUGGAAGGAAGAGUGAAAGAUGGCAUACCCCGCCUCACCCUUGUUGGGUCUUUCAGUGUGGAUGUGAGCCUGGAAGGGAAUGUAAUUCUGUGCAGGAACACCGAUCAGCCCGGUAAUAUCGGUAGGGUGGGAAGAAUUCUCGGGGAACAGAACGUGAAUAUUAGCUUUAUGAGUGUAGGUAGGACUGCACCAAGGAAACAGGCUAUAAUGGCCAUUGGCGUUGAUGAGGAGCCCAACAAGGAAACUCUGAGGAAAAUUGGAGAGACACCGACAAUUGAAGAAUUCGUUUUCUUGAAGCUAUAGAUGGCUGCCCACUUUAAUAUUUCCAUUCGAGUAGCAUCUAUUGAUAUAAUGAUGCUAACUUUGGUGGAGUGGCCACCAUGGUUGCCUGACAUUAGUUAGUUUAUAUAAUACUUUUCAGAAUCUUCUGAGCUAUUUUUUGGAUACUUAUGCUGUAAGUGACUUGCAACUUGGUUAUGAUGAGAUUCUUGAAGAAGGCGUU